AUGUUGGCAUCCUGGUCUCCUAUUUACACAUAUCAAGUGGUGAGUGGAGUUGCAAUGAUUAUAGAAGCCCCGGAAGCAUUACGAACUUGGCUGACUAGAGAAAUGGCUCCGAUUUGUGAUGCUGAACCAGCUGCUCUUGCAAAAUAUGUAUUGGCUCUUUUGCGCAAGGAUAAGCCUGAAUCAGAACUUAUGGAGUUUUGUAUAGAACAGCUCGAUGUAUUCUUACAAACCAAAGCGAAAACGUUUGUAGAAAAACUUUUUCGUGUUAUCAAGGAGCGCAGUUACAUCACACCAGCGGCAGCAUUAGCAUCUGCGACACACAGUAUUCAGCCAACUCAAAAAGACUCCUUGACAGUGAUGCAUGAAAAAAAGAAAGACAUUGAUGAGCGAAGAGAAUUGAAAGAACGCAGAGAUGAUGUUAAGAAAAAAAGUGCAAGUCAAAUGGAUAAGGUUCAUGAUGAUAAAAUGAUCGAAAAAAUUGGCUCAGCUGAGGCAGGUGUAGGAAGCCCUCAAAAACCGGUUCGGAAACGCAUUUCACCUCCAAUUGAUAUUUUUUUACGUGACGAUCCUCGUCGUGAGUAUACUACAAAUCGGUUUGAAAGAAGACGCAGUCGAUCCCCUCGUGAAAGGCGGUUGGAACGCAGUGAUCGAAAUCUGGAUCGCCGAGUGAUACCACCUCUUGUAAGACUACAGCAUCGAGCACCAGAUAGAUAUAAGGUUGAUCGUCUAGAACGUUUGGAACGUAAACGUUCACCACGUUCUCCUUAUGAAAGACAGAGACGAGAAAAAAGUCCUGAACUUGAUUUGCGGAAGAAAAAAAGAUGCCGAGAUUACGAUGAAAAAGGGUACUGUAUGAAAGGUGACCAGUGCAUCUAUGAUCAUGGACCAGAUCCAGUUGUUGUUGAUGAUAUUGCACUUGAGAAAAUGGUUACCAAUGGCGCAAAGCCUCCAGUAACUCAAAUUGCAACAAAUUUUUCCGUACCACCGCCUGGUUAUACACCUCUAAAUCCUCCACCUCCUGGUGUAGACAGCGUAUAUGCCACUAAUUCAGGUGGUAUUGGAUCGUCUACUAUUUCUGAAGGAUAUAACCCUGAAGCUCCUGCGCUGAGUGCAUCUUCAAUACCUGUCGUAGCAGCUGCACCAUCAAUUGAUUUUUCUGUCCCACCACCACCAAUUCCUCCUGUAGUAGUAAACCAACCUUGGAGACCGACAACCUACACUGUACCUUCCAUCUCUUCAUCAGUUCUAAUACACCCUUCAGCUAAUGUCUAUGAUCCAGCCCAUUCCUCAGUCACAAUUCCUCCACAUAAUAUCACACAGCUUCCAAUCAGCCAAAAUCGAGGAGGAAAAGCAAAUGUCAUUGGUAAAGCAGCACGUUACGGGCAGACUAUGGGCGCAGCGAAUAGAACGCUUGAAGUACGUAAGAUACCUAUGGAGCUGAAUAAUAUUGCGAAAUUGAACGAGCACUUUGCACAAUUUGGACAAAUUGUGAAUAUACAGGUUUGCUUCAAUGGCGAUUCAGAAGCGGCUCUCAUUACAUAUGCAAAUCGGUAUGAAGCAGUUGCAGCUUACAAAAGUACAAUUCCUAUACUUAAUAAUCGUUUCGUGAAGGUUUUCUGGCACAAUGUAGAUGUUCAAGCGAAUAAUCCUACAUCACCAACAAAAUCUUCUGUUACUUUUAAUGCGCGGGGAUCAUUGACGAAAACAGUUCACAUUGGUUCAAGAUCCGGUGGGUCCAUUGCCAGAAAUUCGCAUACGAUUCAAAAAGGAAUCAAACAAAAUAAUGAUGCUCGGGCUCUACGUCCUGCAGUCAAUCAGUCAUCAUUAGACAGAGAAAAGUAUAUUGAGGUAAGACGUCGACGAAAGCAGGAGAAAGAAAACAAAAUGAAAUUGAUAGAUCUGCAGCGAAGGAAGUCCGAUCUUAUGUCUAAAGAAAUAGAGCAUCAGAAAAUUGUACUUAAGAAAAUGAAGGAAGGAAAUGUAACACCUGAGAAGAAGAAGAUGCUAUAUAAGAUCUUCAAAAAAUUAGAAGCUUCUGUUGCUAAGACUAAACACGAAAUUAAUGAGCUUAAUUUGAAGCUCAUGAAAAUGAAUGUUGCCUUCGAAAGCCCUAAGAAAUUGGAUAAUGCAAAUGGUUCUAGUACUGUUGCAGAGUCUUCUAUUGUGGCAGAUGGUGUCAUUUCCGAUAUAAGUGAGUUAUCAGUCAAAGAUGUUGGUCUUGUUUCAAAGAAAAUUCGUGUCCUGGAUUCUUCACAGAUUCUUGAUAAUCGUUCAAAAAUGGUUGUUGUUCGUGGGUUUGAAGCAGGAACGGAAAGUGAAGUGAUAGUCCAUAUGGAACAUUUUGGAGAAUUAACAGAUAUGGAUUUUGGAGUUCCUGCUCAGGAUAAAUUGCUUACUGCCUAUUUCACAUAUAAAAAAAGGCGUGAUGCUGAACAAGCUGUAUCGCUUGGAUCAGAUUAUCCCAAUGGACAUUUGAUUGUUGAAUGGGCUCCGAAACGUGGGGCUGAAGCGACUGGUGUUGUACCUGAUGAGAAACGGAAGCCAUCUGAGCGAGUUACUCCUGCUGCUUUGUUAGCAAGUUGUCCCCUUGAAGAGUCAGAUGACGAUGGAAAUGAAGAAUAA